CCAACUUUCUUCCUCUACUUCUUUCUUUUCCGCCAAAAAGAGAAAUUCUCUCUUUUCUCCACUCAUCAAAAACCCCUAGAUUUGUGGCUUGCAGCUGCUAUGGGGUAGAGACAAGUAGAUCUGGAGAUGGAUUUCCGCCGAUGGAGCGAGAUGGAUGAAGAAACCUAUAGCUGUUGGAGAUGGAGAUCGAAACUGGAGGUGAUGGUCAAUGAUGAUGAUGGUGGUGACGGUGACGAUGCGGAUGGUGGUGAUGGGUGGAAUUGGGAGGAGGGGGCUCCAAAGAGAGAAAGAUCGGGAACCUUCCUCACUUUUUCCUUUUUAUUUUAAUUUUUAUUCUACAUAGUUUUCAAUUGUUGCUAGUUCUCUCUCUCUUUUUUUUUUUUUUUUAUGUGUGCAUGUCUUGUAUAAUUAUAUAUUUGUAUGCUUCAAGAUGAUGAAAAAUGAUAUGGAGAAAAUAAGUUUUUAAAAUAAAUUUGAGCUUUUAAG